AUUAUAAAGUCUUUUUUAGAAAUAAAAUCUUUUUGAUAUUCCAAAAUAUUUUUAUUUAGCUUCGCAUACGAAGGCCACGACAGCUGAGUUGAAUUUCAUCGUGUCCGUAUAAAAUAAGUAAAUAAUCAACCGUGGCAUGUUUCUUAGGGUUGUGUUAAGGAUUUAUCUUAUCUGUUAAAAUGUUGCCUUUGCACACCGGUGAUAAAUAUCGCCCCGGAUCAAGAAUAAAAGAAAAAAUUUGGGGAUGGAUUAGGCUGAUUAUUUCAGAAAAAACAUCUCGCAGACUUUUGGGAUUUCUAAUGCUGAAUUUGUCCUUUGCCUUUGUGGAGCUUAUGUAUGGUAUAUGGACCAAUAGUUUAGGUCUCAUUUCGGAUUCAUUUCACAUGUUUUUUGAUUGUACUGCCUUACUUGCUGGACUUGUUGCUUCAGUCAUUUCUAGAUGGAGGGCCAAUGAGAGCUACUCUUACGGAUAUGUACGUGCUGAAAUCUUAGCUGGUUUUGUCAAUGGUCUUUUUCUUUUGUUCAUUGCUUUCUUUAUAUUUUCUGAAGCAGUUGAGCGUGCUGUUGAACCACCUGAAGUGAAACAUGAAAGAUUGUUUCUUGUGUCAGUUGGAGGAUUUAUAGUAAAUAUGGUUGGCAUUUUUGCUUUCCAGCAUGGACAUUCUCAUGGUGGUGGAGAUCAUGGUCACAGUCAUGGACACAGUCAUGGGCUAGGUUUAGAAGGCUCACAAAAUUCAAAUUUUCAUCUCGGAGGAGAUGGGCACAGUGUUGACAGCCAUGGACAUAGCCAUGAUAGCCAUGGACAUAGCCAUGAUAGCCAUGGGCACAGCCAUGAUAGCCAUGGGCAUAGCCAUGAUAGUCAUGGAAGCGCUGAAAAGAAAAAUGCACCUAAUACACAAAAGGUUGCACAAGCACAAAUUAUGCAGGGUGUGUUUCUUCAUAUUUUAGCAGAUACUUUGGGUAGUGUAGGUGUCAUUAUAUCUUCUGCAUUGAUUUAUCAGUUUGGUUGGAUGAUAGCUGAUCCUGUUUGUUCAAUGUUUAUUGCAGCUUUGAUUGGUAUCAGUGUCCUCCCUUUGUUACGAGAUUCAGUUGGCAUAUUGAUGCAAAGGACACCACGAGCUUUGGACCAUGCGUUACCUGCUUGCUAUCAAAGAGUGAGUCAACUAGAAGGAGUGUAUAGUGUACAGGAACCACACUUUUGGACAUUGUGUACAGAUGUGUAUGUUGGGACCAUUAAAUUAGAAGUUGCAACAAAUGCUGAUAGCAAAUAUAUUCUAAGUCAGACUCACAAUAUUUUUACGCAGGUUGGUGUUAGACAACUGUAUGUUCAGAUUGACCAUGCACCUAUGUAAAUGUCUUUCUGUUGCACUUGUAGAAGCCAAAACAAAGGACCUGAAUGUGGUCAGUGUAAAAUUUGUCAGGCAGUAAAGUCUAUGACCUUAUCAUUGUGUACUAAUCAAUUUAAUAAGAAACACUGCUGACCUGUGGUUGGACGCAUUCAAUGUUUUUGUGUCCAGUCCCAAAUUUUAUCUUCUGUGAGCCAAGGAUGUGACAUUUCUUGAACGACUUGAGAUUGUCUGGAUAUAUAUGGACAUGGCUGUGAAGAAAUGAGACUUAGUACUGUCAUUAUAUGAACAAUGGACUUAGAUUUAGAUUGACAUAACAAUCAAAGACAUUCAGAGAAACUUAAAUUGGGACCAUAAAAUUAGUAAUGUUUCAAUAUUGUUUUGAAUCUUUAACAAGAUUUGAAAAACUGAUAGCCAUUCAUACAUUGCAGCUAACCUGAUAUGAGAUUUGUGUCUCAUGACUGACUAAUACAAGUUUUUAGAAUGCAAAUUUUUAUCUUGUUACAACAUGGUAAGAUUACAAAUUGUAUAAAGAACACCUAUAAAUGCAUUUAGUUAGUAAUCAUAUAUAGUAACAUAAUUUAUACAUUUAACACAAUCAUUUGGGGAAAAAAUCUAUAUGAAUAUAUUUUUUUCAUUUUAUUUUUUACUCAUGUUCUGGUGAUGGACUGAUUUUUUUAGUAUUGAAUUGGGAGGGAAGCGGUGGAGAUACGUUAGUUGCUUGGUAUUCUUGUCAUUUGUUGUGGUCUUCUUAUUAGAACAUACAUUCAUAGAGCCAUUAGUAUACAAGUAAGAUCUGAAAACAACUAUAAAUGAAAAUGGAUAUUCUUUAAAGAACAUUUUUAUUUCAUCUUUGAAUUACAUUUUCAUAAAUAAUUAGGUAAAUUAGCUUAAAUAUAUCGAAAACAUUUAAAGACAUUUCAAUUAAUUAAUUUUAACUGGUGAACUAUUGUCCACUACUAAGUCUGUCCCAUUGGUCCAUUCAAUAUUACACUGAAGUUUUCUCCUUACAUUGUCACUUCUCCAUGAUUCUGUCUUCUCAGAUCUGUUCUUGCCUCAAAUUGUAGACAUUGUUUUAGUUUUGUGAAGAAAUAACUUAUUUGAAAAUUGUUUUGUGCCAUUUGUUUAAAUAUAGUGCAGCUUAAAUUACCUACUCAAAUGACUUCUGCUGGAGCCUUUUGUAAACUAAAAACUAAGAAAGUUGUUGUUUCAUUGAAAUAAAAUAUUUCUGGUUAUGUCUAGUAGUAUUCUCCAUUCAGUGCUGUUUUACAACAGAUGUAACAAUAAUAGAAUACUGCCUUUGUGAAUAUAUGGGGAAAUGUAAAUGUAUGCUACUGGAGAAUUUGAAUAGAACAACUCAAAUUGUUUUUUAAAUAUUGUUUAGAACAUGUUCUCCUUCCUUCCACUAACAAACAUUCUCAUUUUAAAUGUAUCUUAGUGAAGUGACUUUUAUGUUUUUAAUAAAAUUUCAUUUUAUCUCUAUGUUGUAAAACAUUUUAGUUUUUACAGACAUUUAAUUUAUGAGAACUCAAUGUUGCUUUAAGCCUCUGACAAUGUUUUGCUGACUUAUUUAUUGAUAUAUUGUAAUGAACAAAAUGUGCAAUGACGCAGCCAUUUUAUUUUUUCUUUAGAAAUUUACUGUCAGGUUUGCUAGUAAUAGUAAAUCAAUGAGACCAUGCAGUUAUUACUAUAUAUGUAUUGUAGAAAUAUUCAUUCUGAUUAAAUGACAAAAUUACUAUAAAAUUAUAUAUCUUAAGGUUUUCAACUCUUAUUUCUUCGACUUAGUCCUUGUUUUUGUUUGAGUUUAAAGUAAGUAGUUAAUAUGAGAGCAUACAUUCAAGAUCAACACAAGUAAAAUAAAUGUUUAAAAAGAUAGCUUUUCAUUCAAUCCUGUGAUUACUUUCUUUUUCAAUUGAAUCAUUUUCUCAAAUAAUAAGAAUGCUUCGUUUAAAGAGACAUUUGUUGUGCUUCCAGCCAAUUCUUAUUGUAUAAACUCAUUCUGUUUGUACAGUUUUAAUUUUUAUUUCCUUCUAACAAUUUUUUUUACAGUUGAAUGCGUUUUAUAGGACCACACUGGGACAUGAUCGAAUUGGUCCUUAUAAGUGCAUUGUCCUAUUAACCAGAUUCAACUGUUUUAAUAGGAUUUGUUUCUGUGCGUUAGGAUUUGGUCUGAAUAAGCGGCUGGUCCAGUUAAUCAGACCACAUUGGGACAUUAUCUAUUUAGUCCUUCCUUAUAACUGCAUUGUCCUAUUAACCUAAUUCGACUAUAUUAGGAUUUGGUCCAAAUAAGUGGCUGGCCUGAUUAACCGGAUUAGACUGUAUUUGGAGUCAAUUUAUUAGAUUUACCCUGACAAUUUUUUUUAUUUGAAAGAAAAGCAAACUUUGUAUCAAAACAGAAUGAACUUAAUUUAUUAUCUUAAUGACCUUCAGAGCUUUAACUUUUAUUUAAUGACCAUUGGUCAAUGAUCACAUUGAUAUUGAUUUUUUUUCCCCACUCAUUGUCAACAUGUUUUGCUUUAAACUUUCUUUGUAUGAAUGAUAUUUCUCUUAUGUUAAUAAUUCUACAAGAUAUAUAGGUCCAAGAUAAUUUACAUGUUUUCCAGUGAUAGAAAACUAUUCAAUCUAAAAAUUUGGUGAAAAUUUUUUUAUAAUUUUUUUUUUAAUGCUAAAAAGUUUUAUUAUUUCACCAUUAUUUGAAUAAAUCCUGAGUACACAAAUAGUCUUAUUUGCAUUGUUCACUAGAUCAUUCUAGUCACAAAUGUUUGCAUGAAGUCUUGUGAGUGGAUAUCUAUUGGCUAGGAUUUACCUGAUUCAUUGCUUCUUUUAUACAUUCCUUUGUUUGGGUAGUGAUAGUUUUUUUGAAAGAUAUUUCUUUAAGUCAUAGGUGAUGGGAUUUUUUAAAAUUUGUGACUAUAAUUUGUGUAUAUCCUCAGUUAGGUGGUGUUAGACUUGUGUGUUUGUUUGUUGUUUCAUUACACCUAUUGCAUUAAGUCUUGUACUAUUUGUAACAUAGAAGGUUUAGUGAGGCUCAUAGUGAUGAACGUGAUACUUGUAUGCUGUUUUUUUUUUUUUUAGUUUUGUUUUGUUUCUAGCUACAAUUUGUGUAUGUUAAAGAUGAGUGUUAAUUGAAUUUCUCUUCAGUAAGAUUACUAAGCAAAUAGUCUCUAGUUCUAGUUUUACAAAGACAUGCUAAUAAUGUAUGUUUGUUUUUCAUAUGUUUUCCCCUUUUAUAAAUGAAUUUCAUAUAGUGUUUUUCCUUUGGUAAAAUGGUCAAUGUUACACAUCUACUAGAGUCUUAAAGUAGAGGGAAAAUACAAGGAUACCAUUCAGUUCUUUGUUUUUCACAAUGCUCCUGACAAUCCCCCAUUACCAUGCCUUGCUCAACAUGCCCAGCAUUCAUAUAUAAAAGUACAUUCAUAAUGUAUGUCUUCCUCCUGUGUUGCUAUGGUGUACAUCCUAUUUGCCAUUAUAUAAGCUACAAGUUUGGUAGAAACUGAAUGUGUAUCUUGCAUCUGGUGACUAAAUAAAAUGAUAGUAAUGCA